GCGGAAGCACAUGCAAGUCCUUCUUUUGAAAACUUGUAAUAGGAACGUGUAAAGAAUCGCCCUUGUGAUUCAAAAUUUGCAGUAAUAAAACCUGAAAUAUUUUAAGCACACAGUCAAAGACGUUAUAUUUUCAGCGUAGUGUUUCAGUGGAUAUGAGUGAUUUCAGCUGGUAACAUUUCUUUGCGAGCAAAACAAUGAUGGACCAAGAAUCGUGGUUGAGCUGUGAGAAGACUGCUGUGCUACAGGGUGGAUUUCUACUGGCCAAUCAGAUCUGCCAACCUGAGCCACUCUCCUCUCUGAGAAAAGAGGAUUGGGAUCGGGUUGGACGUCCAAUUGUUAAUGCAGUCAAAGAGAUAUGUGAACAUUCACUUAGAGACAGCAAAGACAGACUCCACUGGAGAAAGAAGAUCCUGUGUAUUGUGUGGCGAAAGCUCCUGGAGGUGAGGAACAGAGAAGACAUUGAUAUAAAAUGGAAGGAAGACCCGUUAUUUUCAAUACAGAACAGUCUUCCUGACAUUAACCACACUAUCCUGUUUGAAUUGGUAAAGUCAAUGCACUUGUCUAAUGUCUAUGUGGAGCUGCUUUUGUCCUUUCUACCAGCAGAGCAGUGCAAAGAGCUUGAGCUUCUGGUUAAACAUGUGACAAGCAGCAGCACAGAGGCAGACAUUAAGCUUCUGUUGGAGGUGUGGUGGGAACUAUUGAAGGGCAAGAGAGGAUAUCUUGAUAGCUUAGACCAUCUCUUUACAGCUAAAUGUUCACACUGCAAUACAUCCACAUCUGAAUCAUCAUCACCACAUGCAUCAAAGAGAUUCAAACUGGAUCCAGAAUCCACAUCCACAUGUAUGGUGCACAUACUAUUCGAAGGGCUAAACCAAAUUAAAGAGCAUUUUACAUCCUCAGACUUGUGUUUCUUUGCUCUCUCAAAUUGCCUAGACACACUGUAUACCUACUAUCUUUUAAGCAGCCCUGCUGAUCUCUCAAUAGAGGUUAAACUCCAAAAUAUCUCUCGCACAGUAAGCCUUAGAAAGAGAAAUGAAGUAACGGAUGGAUUUGACUUGAUUGAGGUCAUACGUGAGGCCCAGAGAGACCUUGCUGCGGCUCUCACUCCAGCUGAGUCCAAACCUUGUGGAAUGACAUUCAUCCAAGCCAUGCAAGUCUCACUUGAAAUCAUAUGCUCUUGGGAGGUUAUGAGGCUUUUGAAGAUGCCCACUGAUGAGCCAAGUGCCACAGCAAUCCGUCUGAAAGAUAGUCUGUGUAGAGUUCUCGCCUCUUUGGAACAACCGUCACACGCUAAGGACAUGAUUGGAAAUGGACAGACUCUGAAUAAUCUGAAAAUAACUUUAAAAGGCUUACUGGCUUCUUUAGUAUUGACUGUGCCUGAAAGUUCUGCAACAGAAAUGGCACAUAUUGCUAUGGCCAUCAUAGACAAUAAUCUUGAAGGGUUUCAAGGCCUUCCUAAAUGGUUUGCCUCCAAACUCAGUCAAGACUUCAAUGAGGCUGAGUGGAUUCAGUGCCUUGAGAGAAAUAAGAGUGUGUUUCAAACAAAAGAUCUUAUGACGUUGAUCUCCACACUUAUAGACAAAUGUCAAAGUGAUGCUGACGUGCAAUACUGCAAGAAGCUAAAGGAUGUUAUUGUGGACAUAUUCUGCCAGCUGUCCUCACCCAAUAAAAAUGUGACACUUUUAGAAAUGCUCUCGCUUUCCAAGAAAGGCUUGCAUGGCUUUCUUCCUAAUUCGGUGACUGUAGGUUUCGCAGAGGAGCUAAAUCUUGCCUUUAACUGCAUAAUUCAGGGCAGUGCAAACAGCAACCUUGAUGCAGCAGUUUCUGCUGUUUCCCGAAUCGCCUUCCAGAAUCCUGAAGCCACCCUGCGUCGAUGCUGCCACAUUGCUGUUGUUAACGUCGGAGCUCACACUCUGAUAGCUGAGAUUCUUCAGCAGCUCCCAGGUCUCAUAUCUUCACCUAGAGACAGCCUGCUGUGUAGAUGUCUUCAGGACACAGUUUGGAGCAAGCUGUCUUCACCUCAAGAGGAGAACCAGUUUCUGCAAUUCCUGACUGAGCUGAUGAAGUGUAACAUAACUGGAUGCACAGGAGAAAAGCAAAGUUUCCUUCCUCCUGAGGAGGCCUUGCGUGUUUUUGUCCAACCGUACCUCUCUUCAUCUUCCAGUUCAUGUAAGAUAGAGUUGUGUCUGCGACUUCUCCAGUCUGCCCUGAACCAGGACAAUACAAACGAUUCCACACAUUGGGUAAUGAGCUGUUCUCCAUUCCCACUUUUAUAUUGUCUGGCACAACAUUUGAAUGAAUGCAGUAGGUGCUGGGAGCUGCCAAAAGGGGACAAGACACCCAUCUCCAUGGAGUCCAAAGAGCUGCUAUUGUCUUUACUGAACACACUGGGGACAAUUGUUGGCAAGGAAGUGGCCUGUGCACCUGAUGUUUGGUCCAGAGCUCUUUUUUGGCUGUACAGUAAGGUGGAGGAACUUGAUUGGACUGUGCGUUUCUAUCUGAAGGAAAUUUGGGGACAACAUUUCAAAUAUGAAGUUCCAAACUCUCUGUUGGCUGUGUGCGAUCUUCCCGAGCAGGAGUGGUCUGGCUUAGAGUUGCCUCAGUAUGGACUAGGCACUGGACUGUUAGCGUGGUUGGAGUGCUGCACGCUGUCAGACCAUGUUCUGGAGGCAAUGCUGGACUGUCUUUCUCUGAACCUACUAAAACCUGAUGAUGUCAACAUGUUCAGCAAAGGCCUUUUAGUGGCUGUGUCUCAGAUCCUUCCCUGGUGUACAACUGGGGAAUGGGAUAGACUUCUGAAAGUAUUACAAGAACUCUUGCAGUCAGGAAAGCUCUAUGUGCCAUUCUCUUUGGAAUAUGUCGACUUUCUCCCAUUACUCGACCUGCGUUCGUUUGCUGGUGAGUUACGUCUGUCAGUGUUUCUUUUGCGAAUCUUCCAGCUACUAUGUGGUUCCAGCUGUUCUGAUUGGCUGCCACCUCAAGGCUGGGUGCAUACUGGACGUCUUUAUGCUAAUGCAAUGAGGGGCAUUACCAGCUCAGUCAGUGAGAAGAUACAACUGUCAUCUGCUAUGGAAUCCCCCAAAAUCUUGAUGUCAAAACACAGAGCUUGCAGUCAAGAGGUUUUGUUUGCGUUUACCCAGCUCUUCUGCCAUGUGCUGCAUGUGCAGGUGAUGAUUCCUGGCCAGCCAGAGUCUCUAUUCCUGUGUGCUCUGGAGAUGCUAACUCGCUAUGAGGCUGUGCUCUCAGCGUAUCCCGACAGCUGCACCGCCCUGCAGGGACUAAACACGCGUCACUUCCUCACUACAAUUGCAAACAAUUUGCAGUGUGCAGACAUGAAGGCUGUUCUACAUCAGAAGAUAGCUCAGUUAUGAGAUCCCAGCAGGAACUCUAACAGUGAGAUUUGACUGGUACACUAUUAGUUCAACCAUUUUUUCCUUUUGUUUGCCAACAAAGAAAGUGAAAUAAAUAAUUGUGCAUUGCAACUGAUGUUUAACACUUCAUUUCAACAAACAUAAUUUUUUAUUUAUAUUUGUGAAAAGAAAAAGACUGCAAGUCUUGUAACUCGAUGUUUAUAAAAACUACUGACAUUACUUGCAUUGCUCUUAGAAUUGUACAAAGGACAAAAGUGGUCUAUUCUAUUUCACUAAUAUGUUCUGAAAAGAUGGUUUUAAUUUACCUUUAAACCAUGUGAGCAUGGCUGUAUUCCCUAAAUUAACACCAGUAGAUGCAAAUAUAAAGAAAUGGCAAAGCA